CCCAGAGCAGCCGCCGGUGCCCCCGCUCCCCUCCCGCAGCCGGGUCUGCUGCGGCCCGCGGCUCCCGAAGGGGUUAAGGAAUGAAUGCUGAUACUUGUGUUUCUUAUUGUGAUCCGGCUGCCAUGGAUUCCUACUACAACGCAGCCUCCCAGGACACAGAAGGCUCCUCGCCUUUUAGGGCAUUUCAAGCAAGUGACAAGUUCAGCCCUACUUUCCUGGCCAGCAAAGGACAAGGCUUUGGUGACAGCAGCUCUAAGUGCCGGAGCCGCUACAGCCAGCAGGAAUGUCAGUCCCUGGAUGGCAGCGUGCAGGCUCCCGGCUCUGCCGGGUCUCCGGCCUCCUUUAACAAAUACCCUCCGCAGCAGCAGCCUCCGCACCUCUACAUGCAGCGAGGUCCCUGCAAAACCCCCCCGGACAGCAACAUCAAGCUGCAAGAGAGUAGCGGCCACAACGGAGCCCUGCAGGUCCCCUGUUACGGUAAGGAAAGCGGUUUGGGAGAGCCUGACUUGCAGCCAAGCUCCGACCCUUCAGCAAUGGACAGCAGCUACCUCAGCGUGAAGGAGGCCGGGGUGAAAGUGCCCCAGGACAGGGCCAGCACAGACCUCCCCAGCCCCAUGGACAAGGCUGACUCGGAGAGCAACAAGGGCAAAAAGCGGAGGAACCGCACCACCUUCACAAGCUACCAGCUGGAGGAGCUGGAGAAGGUCUUCCAGAAGACCCACUAUCCUGAUGUCUACGCCAGGGAGCAGCUAGCCAUGAGGACAGACCUCACCGAGGCUCGUGUACAGGUGUGGUUUCAGAACCGGCGAGCGAAGUGGCGCAAGCGGGAGCGGUUCGGUCAGAUGCAGCAGGUCCGGACCCACUUCUCCACCGCCUAUGAGCUCCCUCUGCUCACCCGUGCUGAGAACUACGCCCAGAUCCAGAACCCCUCCUGGAUUGGCAACAACGGAGCCGCCUCCCCCGUGCCAGCCUGCGUCGUGCCCUGCGAGACGGUGCCCUCGUGCAUGUCCCCCCAUGCUCACCCCCACGCGGCCGGCGGCGUCUCCGAGUUCCUCGGGGUCUCCGGGCCCGGCAGCCACGUGGGACAGACUCACAUGGGCGGCCUCUUUGGCACGGCCGGCAUGAGCCCCAGCCUCAACGGCUACGAGCUGAACAGCGAGCCGGACCGCAAGACCUCCAGCAUCGCUGCCCUGAGGAUGAAAGCGAAGGAGCACAGCGCCGCGAUCUCCUGGGCGACAUGACAGGGCUGCGGCCCGGUGCCCGCCAGACACGGAGACAGCACGUGGGGACAGCCCAGGAAAUCCAUCCGCUUGGACUCCAGACAGCAGUUGCCUCCUCGGGGAUGUGAAUGCAGCACUUUUAGCUACCCUAGGCAUAUAAAGUACAUAUGUUAAUGUAAGUGGAGUGUUUCCAGCAUGAACGUGGCGGCUCCCGGCUUCCUGGGAUCAGGCAGGGAGAGGGAGGCUGUGGAGCAGCACCUCUUCCAUCAAGAUCUGGGAUGGGAUGCAUCCCUUCUCACUGCCACCUCCCCAAUAACCUGGGCAUUUUUUCUUCCUGCUAUUUUUUCUGACACCAGACCUGCCUUUCCAGAGAGCAAGAGCCCACUGGCCCUUCAGCAGCUUCUCCCAUCCCACUGCCCACCCACUCACACAUUCACACACACAUAUUCUGGGCAGGGGACUGGAUGGGGACUCUGGCACCAGCAAAGAGACUCUCUCACACUGCCAAUAUCAUUUUAGUGCGAGCUACAACUUCCCUCAGCUGAAUGGGGAAUGGGCUGGGAAGAUAACCAAAAUUAGAAAAAAGGCACAUUAGCCCAUCUUCUUCUACCCUGCUCCCUCUCCAUCUUGUACUCUGAGAUCAAGCACAGAGUUGUGGAGGCCUGUGAAGGGGCUGCCCCUCUGCCCACCAUGGCACGGUGUUAUCACACUGAGAGUCUCUGCCAGCUCUCUGGUGACCCAGAUGGAGAUACGCCCCAGCAAACAAAAGCUUCCCAGCAUGGCUCAAUGCCCCAGGGAGUGCCUGAGCGUUGCUUUCCCUG